AUGUCUUCUGGUGCGGGCCAUGCGCUGGCCCACAGGAGCGUGGCCAGCAUUCGUGCGGUGCCGCCGCAGGGCCAGUCGCCGUCCACGCCUCAUACGCCCCCGAGGGUCAUCUCCUCGACGUACAGCUCGCCGUCCACCAUCAGAGCCGACGAUGACUUUGUCCUCAUCGAAAUCGGCUCGCGCUUUGCGCGCAUAGGCUUUGCGGGGGACUCGCUACCAAAGGCCACCUUGUCGUGCGGCCCCGAGCAGGGACGCCGCGCCGGAGACUUCAGGGCGUGGCAGCAGCCCGCAGCACCCUCCACAGAUGCAUGGAGUGACGAUUAUGAGAUAUGGCGCUAUGACUUGAGAGGCCUCGACUUGGGCCUGUUUCACGACAAGCUGGACCGCCUGCUUAGGGACGCAUUCACAAGAUAUCUCCUCAUCGACUCGCGCCCUAGGAGAAUGGGACUCGUCUUGGAUCCUGAAGUGCCGGUACCUCUGCUCUCAGCCGUCUUGGACACUCUUUUCAACAACUUCCAGGCCCCCAUCAUCUCCCUCAUGUCAUCCCCGACAAUGUCCGCCGUGGCAGCCGGCGUUCGCUCUGCCCUGGUCGUGGACAUGGGCUGGCAAGAGACGGUCGUCACCAGCGUCUAUGAGUACAGGGAGGUGAGGACCACGCGGACUGUCAGGGGAGGCAGGCUCCUCCUUGACAGGCUGUACAAGCUGCUGCACCAGAUGCUAAAAGGGGAAGAAUAUGAUGGAAAGGGGCCGCGAGUACUGAGCUUCGAGGAGUGCGAGGACAUUCUCUGUCGCCUCAUCUGGUGCCGGGCUUCUGGCUUCAAAUCGCCCCAGCGUCAGUCGACGCAGUUAGACACGGUGGAAGAGCAGGACGAGUCCGAGGCGGAGUCGAAUCGAGCGACAGGUGAAGCCGAGAUCCCGCUGCGGUCUACAAACCCACCGAUUACGCUACAGGUGCCGUUUGACAAGCUAGCCGAUAUCUGUGACGACACAUUCUUCGAAGCAUCUGCGUCUGCGUCGACGUUUGACGACCACGAGCUGCCACUGCACUUGCUUGUGCACCACCACCUCGUACAGCUGCCCAUGGACGUCAGAGCCGUUUGCAUGUCACGAAUCAUGUUCACAGGAGGCUGCUCAAAUAUCCUGGGCAUAAAAGAGAGAGUCAUGGACGAGGUGACCAGCAUCACAGAUAAGCGCGGAUGGACACCGGUUUCUGGCAAAGGGUUCGAGCAGCUGCGCCACAACCAAAAGCUUCGACGCACAAGCGUGCAGAGAUUCAGCAUGUCGUCGGCGGCGACAUCCGAGCCCGACAGCGAGGACCUUGACGGCCGGUCGGAGGCGACGUCGGCAGAACCCUCCGGGGACAUUGAAGCGAAAAUUGCGCGGAACCGGCCAGUCCCUCGGCAGCUGCAGGGACAGAUCAGGGCGCUGCACACGCUUGGGCCGUGGGCAGGCGCAAGCCUCAUGUGCCAGCUCAAGAUACCGGCCAUGGCCACGAUAGACCGUGAGCUGUGGUUGCAGCAGGGGGCCGCUGGCGCGAGCCGACCCAGCGAGGUUGAUGCCAAGGCGCAGCAGAGGCAAAGCAUGGGCGCCGGAGGACUGAUCCGAGGCAGCGGAGGCCAUCACACGAACUGGACGCUGGGCGUUUGGGGCGCGUAUUGA